AUGGCCAAAGUCAACGACCCAGCAUCCAGCGGUACCGACGGCCUUUCGUGGUUUAAGGUCGCCGAAGACGGUCUCGAUGGCUCUGGCAAAUGGGGUGUAGACCGCAUGAUCGAGUCGGGCGGCUGGCAAGAUUUUACACUACCCUCGUGCGUUGCACCGGGCAAGUACCUGCUCCGCGCUGAGAUUAUCGCUCUUCACUCGGCAUCCAAGCAAGGCGGUGCUCAGUUCUACAUGGGAUGCGCCCAAAUCAACGUCAGCGGCUCCGGUAGCUCGACUGCACAGACAGUUUCGUUCCCGGGUGCCUACAGUGCCUCUGACCCUGGUAUUCUUGUCAGCAUCUACGGUCCCACCGGCCAGCCCACUGGAAACGGACAGCCGUACAAGAUCCCCGGUCCCGCCAAACUUACUUGCUAG